AUUACAUGUAUAUCGGCUGCUACAAAGAAGAAACUCCGUGGCGGGGUAAUCGUAUUGUGACGACAGCUGAAGGGAGAUUUCCGACUGUUACGGGAAAUUAUGAAGCCAGAACCAAUGCGAUAGAAAAAUGUGCAAAGGUUGCUUGGUGCCUGGGAUAUAAAGUAUUCGUGCUUCAAGCUGGUGGAUGGUGUGCAACAUCAGCCAAUGCUCACAAAGUAUAUGGCAAAUAUGGGUCAUCAACUGCCUGCGCCCAAGACGGGGAAGGAUAUCAUUGGACAAAUGCAGUCUACAUGAUAAUCAGAUAAAACUAAAUUACAGCUUGUUAUAACAUCCAGUUUUGCUAUCUAAAUUACUAAAUUGUGUAACGAUUUUUCAGGAUUUGUACAUCUUUGAGUUCCACAAGCCAAGAAUACAUUGUUAUUAUUGAACGUAUUUUUAUCUUGCAUUUUUGUCUGUUUUCUGGUAUUAUAUCUACAACUUAUUAAUGCUCAAAUAUA